AUGACCCUCUCCGAUGAUUUCUACGGCGUUCUCUCCAUAUCGCCGUCAGCGAACGCUGCCGAAAUCAAAGCCGCCUACCAUCGCGCUCUGCUCGCUCACCAUCCGGACAAGCGUAGUCAAUCAACUCCCCGGCCGAACCCCGUCGACAUCGAUGUACUCAAGCAAGCCUUCACCACGCUACACUCCCCGGAGCUCAGGAAGGCGUACGACGCGGCUCGCAUGACGGAGAGAACGCGUCAAGUUCCUCGACCCGCCCAGAUCGUGUCCCUGGAAGACUUCGCGAAUGAGUCCGAUGGGAGGUGGACGCAUCCGUGCCGGUGUGGAGGCACGUACGUCUUCGUCGAGACGAUGCUCGAUGUUGGGGAGCACCUUGUGGGCUGCACGAGCUGUUCUGAGGUGGUAUGGGCGGGCUAUGAGCUACUGGAGGAGGGGGGUCAAGACGAAGCCUAA